AUGGCUCCCGUUAUCGUCUUCGGUCCAACAGGCGCGGUCGGCUCGGCCGCCGCGCGCACCGCCCAGCAACUAGGAACCACGGUGUAUCUCGCCAUGCGCAACCCUACGAAACCCAUUCCCGGUCUCACUGCAGAGAAGGAAAACGAGGGAGGUUUCGAACGGGUGCAGGCCGACUUCUCCCAGCCAGAUAGUAUCUCCACUGCGGUAGCGCAGAGCAAGGCCAAGCAUGCCUUCAUCUACACCGACCUGACUUCAUCUGACCACAUGCGAGCAAGUUUCACCGCCCUCAAAGAGGCAGGAAUCGAAUUUGUCGUUCUGCUGAGCAGCUUCGGCAUCCAGGAAGAUGUUCACAAUGUAUCGCCCGAGGAUCACAUCGCCUAUGUGCAUGCGCAGACCGAGAUCUCCCUGGAAGAGAUCUUUGGAGCGACUGGCUAUGUAGCAGUCCGACCGGCCUUUUACGCGAGUAACACGCUCUGGUGGAAGGCUCCCAUUCAGGCCGGACAUGUGAAGCUCGCUUGGCCAGCUGCAGCUUUUGACUGGAUCUCUCCGGAAGAUAUUGGAGGCGUCUGCGGCACGAUCCUUGCCCGCAGGGCCCUUGGAACUGUUCUGUCGUUGGCCGAGCCGUACGUGAAUCUUGUCGGCGCGGAGAAUAUGGGCGUUGGCGAUGCCGUCAAGACUAUUGGUAAAGGCCUUGGCAAGGAGAUCAAUGUCACUGAAGUGGACGAGAAUGAAGCCUUGGACAGCAUGGUGAAUGAGUCCGGGCUGCCCGAGCCCAUCGCGCGAGCAGUGCUUGGAAUGUGCCGGAGCGCUGCGAACGGUCAGUCCUUCAUGGACAGCCCCAGGUAUGGUCCUGCAGUUGGCAAUAUUGAGAAGUACCUUGGCCGGCCGGCGACACGGUUGCAUGAGUGGGUGGAGGCAAAUCGGGAGAAGUUCAGCGCUUAA